CAUAUUGGGCUUCUGAACCUACGGGUGCUUGGAAGCAAUUUUCAGUGGACGGUGGUUUUGUUUCGGGUUUCGAGGAUCGUUUGAACGGUUGGAGUCGGUUCUUCUUAAGUGACCCAGUGAUCGUGAACAGAACACUAAAGCAUCCCAAGUCGAAAAGGACUAGAAGAAACAGUGAGCCUUUCCGGAUUAGUAGCAGCGUUCAACGAAGAGUGUUGUUCUGAUCAAGAUGAUGCUGUUCGUAAUAGCAUCAGCGCUGGUUGUGCUAGCGCAAACCGACGCCGGCAAUGUGGCCACCUCAUACAGCGUGAUCCACCAUGGAGAAUCACAGGAUCGCGUCCUCCACAAACCGCAUAUAUUUGCCCCAUCCUCACACGUUGUCCACAAUGCCCCACACUUUGCGCCUCUAAUCAGUGCCCAGACCACCAAGUACACUGUACCAUUCCUGAGCGCGUACAACCCAGUCGCCCAGUGCCCUGCCCCACCACUGUGCCAGAAGUCCCGCUACCGCACCCUGGACGGAUCGUGCAACAAUCUGCAGAACCCAACUUGGGGUACCCCGAACCGACCCUACGGCCGUCUGCUGACUCCAAAGUACGGUGAUGGCAUUUCAACCCCAACCUCCUCGAUCACUGGCCAGGAUCUGCCAAACUCUCGUCUUGUUUCGCUUGUUGUUUUCGGCGACGAAGAUGUCCCUGAUCCACAGUUCACUAUUGCCAACAUGCAGUGGGGUCAGAUCAUGACGCACGAUAUGAGUCUGCAGGCCGGCGGUACCCAAUCCAAGAAACACUCCACCAGAUGUUGCACAGACGAUGGUAAGCUGAUCGGCAAGGACUCCUCACCAGCAACCUGUUAUCCAAUCAUUGUUCCGGAGAAUGACCCCGCGCACUCCCAAACCGGAACCGAAUGUAUCAACUUUGUCCGAACCCUCACCAAUCGCGAAGAUGCCUGCACCCGAACGCACCCAACCGAACCUGCCGAACAGCUUACCACCGUCACCUCGUGGUUGGAUUUGUCCAUGGUCUACGGAAACUCUGACCAGCAAAAUGCUGGAAUCCGUGCCUUUACCGGAGGUCGCCUCACUACCGUCCAGCGAAACGGUUACGAGUGGCCACCAAAUAACCCCAACGCCACCACCGAUUGCGAUCUUGUUCAACGUGACGAAGUCUGCUAUCUGGCCGGAGAUGCCCGAGUUAACCAAAACACUGGACUGACCAUCAUGCAGAUCAUGCUGCUCCGUGAGCACAACCGCAUCGCCGACAAUCUCCAGAAGCACAACCCCCAUUGGGAUGAUGAGCUACUGUUCCAGGAAGCCCGCCGUAUCAACACCGCCCAGUACAACCAAAUCAACUACUACGAAUGGCUGCCAAUCUUCCUCGGAAAGGAAAACAUGCUCAAGAACCGUCUGAUCUACAACGUCAAGGGAGGCGACUACAUCAACGACUACGACCCAGCCCAGGAUCCCUCAGUGCUGAACUCCCACGCCACCGCCGCCUUCCGUUACUUCCACUCGCAAAUUGAAGGACGUCUGGACCUGGUCUCCGAAGCCCGUAAGCCAACCGGAUCUAUCCGCCUCAGCGACUGGUUCAACCGUCCAUCGAUCAUCGAAGCCGGCGACAACUAUGACUUCCUGGCCCGCGGUAUGGCUACCCAGCCCGAAGAACUGACCGAUGUGAACUUCGAUGCCGAAAUCAAACACUUCCUGUUCCGCCGCGGACGUCCCUUCGGAUCGGAUCUGCGUGCCUUCGACAUCCAACGUAACCGUGACCACGGUCUGGCCGGAUACAACGAUUACCGCGAGUUCUGUGGCUUCAAGCGUGCCCACUCCUGGGAAGACUUCAUGGAUCUCAUCUCGGCUCAGGACGUCGCCAAAUUGCAAUCCCUGUACUCCAACAUCGACGAUGUGGAUCUAACCGUCGGUGGUGCCCUCGAAUCGCACGUCAACGGAGCCCUGGCCGGUCCCACCUUCCUGUGCAUCCUGACCGAGCAGUUCUACCGCACCCGUGUGGCCGAUCGUCACUUCUACGAACGUGGCGAUAAGGAAACGGCCUUCACCCGGGAACAACUGGCCGAGAUCCGCAAGGCCAGCAUGGCUCGUAUCUUCUGCGACAACGGAAACCACGUGACCGCAAUGCAGCCGAAGGCCUUCUGGCGGCCAUCGGCCCACAAUCAAGUCGUUUCCUGCUCACAGAUCCCCGAGAUCGAUCUGAGCCUCUGGAAAGAUCUGUCCUACGACAACAGCCUGCACUCGUUCCACUACUUCCACGACUUCAAGAAAUAAGGCACAGUACUGAAACAAAGAGAGAUAUUACCACGUGCAUUCUGCACCUACAUUACCAGUUAGCGAAACAAGCUCAAAGUUAUGUAGUUUAUUCCUAUGUUGCCAGAUUGUUUGUUAGUUGAUCAGCUUGUUCCCGAGUUUCCCAAAUUUCCUCAAUCAAACUUCCUCAGAAUAAUCCUUGGAAAAGAUUCUAAAUUUUGUGUUUUAUAUUGUUUAUAACCGUGUGCGAAUCAAAAUCUACUAGUUUGCGUAAAUAGUAAUACGAGAAAGUACUACGAAAAAAGUCCGCCUUUAUUAGAACCUAUUGUUUGCCAUACAAUGAAAUUGCGACAGCAAUUGUGAAACCGAAACAAAAACACAGUCAUCGGUAAAACCUUAUAAAAAAAAGUCCACAAAAAUGUAGAAACCAUUCGCUUUUAGAAUCAAGUUACUGCUACAGCUGAAACUCAAAAAAAUAUAAAAGCAAAAAAUAGUUCUUUCGUGUUCAAUGUGAUACAUAAUUUCGAAGGGGUUUUAGCUGUGGCGCUAAUAGACCAUUCUAAAUGUGGUACCAAACAACGAACAAUACAACAUGAGACCCCGCCUGAUCCGUAUUAAUGCAUGUAGUGCAGAGUUACUACUCAAUGCGAGCUAUAUAGAUAAUUUAGUAGUGCUAUGUUUUUGUUUAGACUUAUUUAAUGUAUAGAUGAUGACGAAAACGAAGAGUGGAAAAAGUGUACAUGUUGAAAUGUAACGCAUGUUUUGUAGUGAAUAAAUAAUUUAAGAAAAAUAAA